GCACCGAGCACCGAGCACCGGCCGCGCCAUGGGGAAGGAGCAGGAGCUGGUGCAGGCGGUGAAGGCAGAGGACGUGGGCACCGCGCAGAGGCUGCUGCAGAGGCCGCGGCCCGGGAAGGCCAAGCUCCUGGGCUCCACCAAGAAGAUCAACGUCAACUUCCAGGACCCAGAUGGCUUCUCAGCCCUGCACCACGCGGCCCUGAACGGCAACACGGAGCUGAUCACCCUGUUGCUGGAGGCUCAGGCUGCUGUGGACAUCAAGGACAACAAAGGCAUGAGACCAUUGCACUACGCGGCCUGGCAGGGCCGAAAGGAGCCCAUGAAGCUGGUGCUGAAGGCAGGCUCUGCGGUGAACGUUCCAUCUGACGAGGGCCACAUCCCCCUGCAUCUGGCUGCCCAGCAUGGUCACUAUGAUGUGUCAGAGAUGCUGCUGCAACACCAGUCUAACCCUUGCGUGGUGGACAACUCGGGGAAGACACCUCUGGACCUGGCCUGUGAGUUCGGCCGUGUUGGGGUGGUCCAGCUGCUGUUAAGCAGCAACAUGUGUGCAGCCUUGUUGGAGCCUCGUCCUGGGGAUGCUACUGACCCCAACGGCACCAGCCCCUUGCACUUGGCAGCCAAGAACGGCCACAUUGACAUCAUAAGACUCCUCCUCCAGGCUGGCAUUGACAUUAACCGCCAGACCAAGUCUGGAACAGCCCUUCAUGAGGCCGCACUCUGUGGGAAGACGGAAGUGGUUAGGCUGUUGUUGGAUAGCGGGAUCAAUGCCCAGGUGAGGAACACCUACAGCCAGACGGCGCUGGACAUCGUGCAUCAGUUCACCACGUCCCAGGCCAGCAAGGAGAUCAAGCAGCUGCUAAGAGAGGCUUCCGCAGCACUGCAGGUCCGAGCAACCAAGGAUUACUGCAACAAUUAUGACCUGACCAGUCUCAACGUGAAGGCUGGGGACAUUAUUACGGUCCUGGAACAGCAUCCAGAUGGCCGGUGGAAGGGCUGUAUCCAUGACAACCGGACAGGCAACGACAGGGUGGGCUACUUCCCAUCCUCUCUGGGAGAGGCAAUUGUCAAGCGAACAGGUUCCCGGACAGGCAGCGAGCCAAGCCCAUCCCAGGGAGGAAGCGCAUCUGGGCCCUCCGCACCCCCGGAGGAGAUCUGGGUGUUGAGGAAACCUUUUACAGGUGGAGACCGUAGUGGCAGCUUGAGCAGUGUGGCUGGUGGCAGGAGUGGCGGGGGCCAUGCCCUGCACGCGGGCUCUGAAGGAGUCAAGCUCCUGGCAACGGUGCUUUCCCAGAAGUCGGUCUCUGAGUCUAGCCCAGGGGACAGCCCUGUCAAGCCUCCAGAGGGCUCUACAGGUGCCACCCGGUCCCAGCCUGCAGCAGCCCAUGUUGGGCAGGUGUACGGGGAGCAACCACCCAAGAAGCCGGAGCCAGCCUCAGAGGGCAAGAGUGCCGAGGUGGUCAGCCAGUGGCUUGCCACGUUCCAGCUGCAGCUGUAUGCCCCCAACUUUACCAGCGCCGGUUAUGACCUUCCCACCAUCAGCCGCAUGACCCCUGAGGAUCUCACAGCUAUCGGUGUCACCAAGCCAGGCCACCGGAAGAAGAUCACUGCAGAGAUCAGUGGCCUGAGCAUCCCUGACUGGCUACCUGAACACAAACCCGCUAACUUGGCCGUGUGGCUGUCCAUGAUUGGCCUGGCCCAGUACUACAAGGUGCUGGUAGACAACGGCUAUGAGAACAUCGACUUCAUCACUGACAUCACCUGGGAAGACCUGCAGGAGAUCGGCAUAACCAAGCUCGGACACCAAAAGAAACUGAUGCUGGCAGUGAGAAAACUGGCCGAGCUGCAGAAGGCAGAAUAUGCCAAGUACGAGGGAGGGCCUCUGCGUCGGAAGGCCCCUCAGUCUCUUGAAAUGAUGGCCAUCGAGUCGCCGCCCCCACCCGAGCCUGCCCCUGCCGACUGCCAGUCUCCUAAGAUGACCACCUUCCAGGACAGUGAGCUCAGCGGCGAGCUGCAGGCUGCCCUGUCCGGUCCGCCCGACGGGGGUGCGGCUGCUGCCGAGAAGCCCUCCAACCACCUGCCACCCACUCCGAGGGCCACCGUGCGUCAGGAGUCCAGCUUGGGUGGACGGGCUCGCCACAUGAGUAGCUCUCAGGAGCUGCUGGGCGAUGGGCCCCCGGGGCCUGGCAGCCCCAUGUCACGAAGCCAGGAGUACCUGCUGGAUGAGGGGCCAGUCCCUGGCACAUCACCCAAAGAGGCCCGGCCUGGCCGCCAUGGCCACAGCGUCAAGAGGGCCAGCGUGCCCCCAGUGCCCGGCAAACCACGGCAGGUCCUUCCACCAGGCACCAGCCACUUCACACCUCCUCAGACGCCCACCAAAGCCCAGCCAGGCUCCCCUCAGACUCUUGGGGGACCUCACGGUCCAGCCCCAGCCACAGCCAAGGUGAAGCCCACUCCACAGCUGCUGCCACCAACAGAGCGACCCAUGUCCCCUCGGUCCCUGCCUCAGUCGCCCACACACCGUGGCUUUGCCUAUGUGUUGCCCCAGCCUGUGGAGAGUGAGGCAGGACCGGCUGCUCCCGGACCCGCACCCCCGCCUGCACCAGCAGCUGUGCCCACAUUGUGCCUGCCCCCGGAGGCUGAUGUGGAGCCCGGGCGACCCAAGAAACGGGCCCACAGUCUGAAUCGCUACGCUGCGUCUGACAGUGAACCAGAACGGGACGAGCUGCUCGUACCUGCUGCUGCAGGACCCUAUGCCACAGUACAGCGGCGUGUGGGGCGCAGCCACUCAGUGAGGGCACCAGCUGGCACUGACAAGAAUGUCAACCGCAGCCAGUCCUUUGCUGUACGGCCCCGGAAGAAGGGGCCUCCGCCACCGCCACCCAAGCGUUCCAGCUCAGCCAUGGCCAGUGCCAACAUGGCUGAUGAGCCGGCUCCAGAUGCCGAGACAGAAGAUGGCAGACUAGGGGUCCGGGCACAGCGCAGACGGGCCAGUGACCUGGCUGGCAGUGUGGACACAGGUAGUGCAGGCAGUGUGAAGAGUAUUGCAGCCAUGUUGGAGCUGUCUUCCAUUGGGGGUGGGGGCCGGGCUGCUCGCAGGCCCCCAGAAGGCCACCCCACACCCCGUCCUGCCAGUCCAGAGCCAGGCCGAGUGGCUACAGUGCUGGCCUCUGUGAAGCACAAAGAGGCCAUUGGGCCUGAUGGUGAGGUGGUGAACCGGCGCCGCACACUCAGUGGCCCUGUCACUGGACUUUUGGCCACUGCUCGCCGGGGGCCAGGGGAACCCGCAGAGCAGGGUCACUAUGUGGAAGAUGGUGUAGCCCGGCAGCGGCCUCGAGGUCCUUCCAAGGGUGAGCCAAGUGCGGAGGGGCCACCUCUGGCUCGGGUAGAGGCCAGUGCCACUCUCAAGAGGCGCAUUCGGGCCAAGCAGAGCCAGCAGGAGAAUGUCAAAUUCAUCCUGACGGAGUCUGAUACAGUCAAGCGUAGGCCCAAGGCAAAGGAGCGGGAUGCUGGGCCUGAGCCUUCCCCACCACUGUCUGUGUACCAGAAUGGCACAGCCACUGUCCGCCGCAGACCAGCCUCUGAGCAAGCCGGGCCUCUGGAGCUGCCUCCACCUCCCCCACCUGCUGAACCCCCUCCCACUGACCUGGCUCAUCUGCCCCCACUGCCCCUGCCCGAUGGUGAUGCCCGGAAGCUCACGAAGCCUCCUGUCUCUCCCAAGCCCAUCCUGGCUCAGCCUGUGUCCAAGAUCCAGGGCUCACCCACGCCUGCUUCCAAGAAGGUGCCACUUCCAGGCCCUGGCAGCCCAGAGGUGAAGCGCGCCCACGGCACGCCGCCGCCCGUGUCACCCAAGCCGCCGCCGCCACCCACGGCACCCAAGCCGGCCAAGGCCGUGGCAGGGCUGCCGUCGGGCAGCGCCAGCCCGUCCCCGACGCCGUCGCCCGCGCGCCAGCCGCCCGCAGCGCUCGUGAAGCCCGCGGGCAGCGCGCCGCCCUCGCAGGGCGCCAGCCCGGCCAAGCCCCCGUCCCCCGGCGCGCCCGCGCCCGCCAAGCCCCCGCGCGCCGCCGCCGCCGCCCCGACCCCCGACGGCGCUGCGCCCGGGGACAGCGCGCGGCAGAAGCUGGAGGAGACGAGCGCGUGCCUGGCCGCGGCCCUGCAGGCGGUGGAGGAGAAGAUCCGGCAGGAGGACGGGCAAGGCCCGCGCCCCUCGGCUAGUGCGGAGAAGAGCACCGGGAGCAUCCUGGACGACAUCGGCAGCAUGUUCGACGACCUGGCCGACCAGCUGGACGCCAUGCUGGAGUGAGGCCCGGCUCUGGCCCGCACGCUGACCUUUACCUCAGGACGGGCACUUCUGGGCAGCGGGGCGGGCGGGGAUCGGGCGAGCGGGGCCGGCCUGCAGCCCAGUUCGGCACAAGCACAACUCUCGCCCCUGGCCCAGGCCGGCCGGUAGUCUGCAGGACCGCCUGGCCGGGGGCUCCAAGGGCUCUGGGCGGCAGAAGAGCUGCCCCGUUGGUGCCCGUUCCUGUCUGCUGCUCCCUGUGCAAUAACUGCUGGGCCCCAGACUAACAGGUUCUGCCCUGCGGGUGGAGGGGGCACCUCCCUUGCCUGAGGCAGGCUGGGGCGGGGGAAAGAAGAGGAUGGCUGCUGUGGCCCCCUCCCCAAUCCGUGGCAGAGCACAGGCCUAUGCCCAGCACAGAACUGCCCAUUGGGGAUCCUCUGCCAGCCGCUCUGGCGCAGCACAAAAGGACAGGGGGCCAAGGUUGGGCCCACCCUACUGCACCCCCAGAAUAUAAGCUAUCAAGAGUAUUAAUUUAUUGGGAAUGAGCUGAAGCAGAUCUCCCCAGAGAAACAAAAAGGUAUAACUUUAACAAAUAUAUAUUUAAAGAAAGAAAAAAAAAUAUUAUUGAUUCUAUAGAAAACCAUUUACCAACAGAAAGGACACUGGAGUCCAGCUUGGGACUAAAGCUGUCAGAGGCCCAGGCCACCUCUUUGUCCUUCCAUCCAGGAGUGGCCUUGCCCCUGGUCAGGAGCACACACGGGAGGGAAGGGGGCAGCUGUGCCCAGGACCCCUCCUCCACUCUUUUAACUUCUGUGAGUCUGAAGAACUUGAAGGAUGUGCCUUGCUCACUGACUGGGCUGUGUCCUCCUCUAUGCCCCACAGACCUGGGGGGGGGGCUUCUUCCUUCUGGGCGUGGCCGUGUCCUAGGGGUGCUGGUAUGAGUGUGUGGUGAACGUGGGCAUGUGGCUGAACGACAGCGGUGAGUGCAGGGGCAUGCAUGCCAGGCUGCGGGCCGAUGUGUGUGCGAGGGCGUGCCUGACCCUCAGUCCUGUCCAGGCAGUCGGCCUGCCCACCCCUCUCGAGUUCCCAUGGCCACUUCUGCUCAUGGCCUGAGACUGUGUCGUGUUGUCAUCCUCACCCUCUUUUCCUCCCUCCCAAAAAUACUGACUGAUCUCUAUUGUGUUUGCUGAUCCACAAGUGUCGGGCACAACUUUGACAUUUCUUUUUUUUUUUAAAAAAAAAAAAAAAGAAAAACAUGCUGAAACCAGUGAUUGUGAUGUGGGCUGGUGGAGGGGCCAAUUGAGGUGGUAUCCAGUCAUAGAGCACCUUUUCAGCUGUCACACCUGGCACUUCCCCAUCAGUGUCCUCCCACCGUUUUCUCCACUGUGGGUGGCCCAGGCUGGGGCUCCGGCAAGUGGGGAGGGGGGUCUGGGCAGGAAGCUGCUGUCAGCUGUCAAUAAACAGCAGAAAACUGAA